AUCUAUCUUGCGUGGAAUAUAUACUAAAUGAAGUAAAUACUAAGGUGUAUGUAAUAUAAGUUUCUCUAUGUAUAUAUUUUUGUAUACACGAUUUUGUAAAACAACGUUUGUUGAUGUUUGUAAAUCCAUGUUAUACGUCGAUGUUCCAAGUUAAAUGUGAAUCAGUGCGAGCGAUGCUGAAGAAUACCACGAGUCAUUCUGUUUCGUUCAUGAUUUGUCAAUUUCAAACAUCUCGAAAUUUCGAGCCUUGUUGUUCUUUUCUUUCAUCUUGUACCUCAGUGAAAACAGCUACCGCUUCAACCAAGCAAUUGUUUCCAGAAAGAUUUAGGCUGUCGAGCUUCCGAAAUGCUUUAUAAAAAAGAUAAUCUUGUACCAUACCAAUUCAAAAAUUUGCGAUAGGAAAUGUCUUACAGUGAUGGCGGGCGUCCAAUACGAAAGUACGGCACCAAGUCGCCAAAAAAGUUAUGCGUGACCAAGAAUGAAAAUAACGAUAAAACAACAACUACCAUUAACUGCAAUAAUCAUCACCAUAAUCAUUACCAUCAUAAUCAUCGCUUUCUCGAUACCCCUCAGCCAUCAGUGCACAAACGUAAUCUCUAUAUUGUUUCUUUCCCUUUGAUACUGCUGUUCAAUGUUCUGAGGACACUUCUUUAUCAGUUGUUUGUGGUAUUUAAGUACUUAUAUACAUCUACAUCUCAGCUGAUUCAACGAAGACAAGCUUCCAAGCAAACCUGUCAGCUGGAGAUUGUAGUUGGUCAAAAGUCUAAUGAAAAUUUGAGUAACAAUUUAAAUAAUACUGGACAAACUGAAAACGAGGGAAUGUCGCAAGUGCCUAGAAGGCCAAUUGGCCCUGGCCCUGGAGAUCCGUUACUGGCAAAACAAAAACAUCAUCAUCGUAGAGCUUUUGAAUUUAUUAGUAAAGCACUUAAGAUUGAUGAGGAUAAUGAAGGUCAAAAAGAAAUGGCAAUUGAACUUUAUAAGAAAGGAAUUGGAGAACUAGAGAAAGGAAUAGCUAUAGAAUGCAAUGGUGGUCGAGGGGAAGUAUGGGAACAUGCACAAAGACUUCAUGAUAAAAUGCGCACUAAUUUGGCAAUGGCAAAGGAUAGACUUGACUUUCUUGUGAGUGUGUGUGAGCUGAAAAACCUGGAUAUCUGCAAUGAAUAUCGUGCUCCUGGAAAUAAAAUGGACAACGAACAUCCUGAAAAGAAUCUGAGGGUCCGACGCAAUAUACACACAUUACAAACAACUCGAUCUUCUUUAAACACAAAUCACAUUAAAAACACAAACAGUACACAAACAGUGAACAUAGGGCAGAAUACAUGUACCCAAAUUCCCAAGUUAAGGCCACGUUCACCAAAAAACUAUUCUGCCCAUUCUGAAGCAUCUGGAAGAAAAUUAUCUGUUCCUGGAAAAAGGGUGGGCACAGCUAUAAGCAAAAGUCAAACAUUACCACGCAGCAUGGGACGUUCAACGCCAGUACAAUCUUGUCAUAGAAUUACACCUAUUAAACCAUCAUCUACACCACCUUCUGUAAAAAGACAGUUAUCAGUACCUGGAAAUGGCUCACCUAUUAGAAGACCAGGAACACCUACUACAUCAAAUAGUAAUAGAGGGACACCUACAAGAAAACUACCUAUUUUAAAAGGGAUAGAUCCAAAACUUGCACAAGUAAUUUUAGAUGAAAUUUUGGAAGGAGGAACAGCAGUACAUUGGGAGGACAUUGCUGGUCAAGAAACUGCAAAGCAAGCAUUACAAGAAAUAGUCAUCUUGCCUUCAUUAAGGCCAGAAUUAUUUACUGGCUUGCGAACGCCAGCUAGAGGAUUAUUGUUAUUUGGUCCACCAGGAAAUGGAAAAACAUUACUUGCACGUGCUGUGGCUACUCAGUGCAAUGCUACAUUCUUUUCAAUAUCUGCUGCUAGUCUUACAUCGAAAUAUGUUGGAGAAGGAGAAAAAUUAGUACGAGCACUUUUUGCUAUAGCACGAGAAUUACAGCCAUCUGUGAUCUUUGUUGACGAAGUGGAUUCAUUGUUAAGCGAACGUAGAGAUAAUGAACAUGAAGCUUCACGGCGAUUAAAGACAGAAUUUUUGGUCGAAUUUGAUGGUUUGCCGUCUAAUCCAGAAGAAAGAGUGUUGGUUAUGGCUGCCACAAAUAGACCUCAAGAAUUAGAUGAAGCUGCAUUACGGAGAUUCACAAAACGAGUAUAUGUUACAUUACCAGAUUUGCGAACAAGAAUUUUGUUACUAAAACGACUUUUAGCUAAACAUAAUGAUCCUUUAACACCGGAAGAGCUAAAUGAAAUGGCAGUUUUAACUGAGGGCUAUUCUGGAAGUGAUUUAACAGGUUUAGCAAAAGAUGCAGCACUUGGUCCCAUUAGAGAACUUAAUCCAGAUCAAGUAAAGGAAUUGGAUCUUAAUUCCGUUCGCAAUAUUACAAUGCAAGAUUUUCGUGAUUCACUUAAAAGAAUUCGUAGAUCAGUGUCACCUGCAAGUUUGGCAGCUUAUGAAAAGUGGAGCUUCGAAUAUGGUGACGUAAGUCUAUGAUUCUUUGAUGUACAAGGCUACACUGAAAUAUCUUACACUAAAAUAUCGGCACAUUUCAAAAAAAAAAAAACAAGAAAAAAAUCUUAAUGACGGAAAAUAAAAGCGAUUUUCUGCGAUAUUAAUUAUUACAGAAUGUAAAUAUAGCAGCUUUUACAUUUUCUAAGCUAAUUUAUAAAUGACAUCUAUAUAUAAAAAGAAAAUUAUGAUAUUGCAAAAAGCACUCUUGCUAAGUACUGUUUUUUAAAUCAUAUUACAGCAGUAACACUGUAAUAUUAAUAGCUUUAUACUACAUAUAUGGAUACAUUCUAUACUCCAUCCAGUAAUCAGGUAUCAUAGAUUUAAAUUUCACUCUAAACAUGUUGAUAUUAGAAUUCCGACGUUUGUAAUUAUAUGAUCUAUAUAGAUUUUUGUAACUUUUUUAUUUUACAUUUAAACAAACCAUGAACUUUAAUUUUAUUAAAUUAUAAUUAAUUAUUCAUUUUUUUGUUAUGGGUUAAUGAGUAUAAAUUAUUCUAACAAUAUAAAGAAGGAUAUAAUUCUAACAAUAUGCAUUUUGUAAUAUUUAAUUACUAUUCAAGCACAAUUGAUUUGAAUAAUAUUAAUAGGAAGACUAUAUUUGCACAUGAAACAACUCACGUCCAGUCAGAUAAUAAAACAAUUAAUUAAUGUAUUGGGUAUACACAUGAACUACUGUUGUCGAAUAAGCUAAAAAAAUAAAUGAAUAUCUUGGUCUUGUACAAGCAUGUGCUAAAAGUAAAGUAUGCAAAUAGAAUCGUUGUGGGCAUGUGAAUUUUGUAAAAAUGACAAAUUGCGCAUUGUAUAACAAUUUGGAGGAAGUAUUGCAAAUAUUAUUCUUGUUAUGUUUGGUAACAUUUCAAAUAUUCGUUUGAUAAUUGUUAAAAUAAAGUUAUAUAAUUAAGAUCUCUUAACAGGGGAUAUCAUGCUUGUCAAAUUAUAUAUCAAUUCCUGAUUUGAUGAGAUUUCUAUGAGACAACGAACUGGAAUUAUAUAUUUGAACUUUGAAAAAUUAAAAAUAUUUAUUAUUUAUAAGUGAAUAUCGGUAAAAAAUUAAUGUUAUAAUAAAAGUAUGCUACAAGAAGAAGUUGCAUAUAUAAAAGUUUUUGAUAUUCAUCUACUGCUUCAAAUGCUCAAAUAAAAAGUGAUUGUGCUUGUACAAUAUAAUCACUGAUUUAAAACCAUAUUUUGCAAAACUGUAAUAUUAAGCUUCGACAUUAAUUCAAUAUUGUUUCAAUUUGAAGUUAUUAGUUAAUAAUAAUUCUUAAUUUUGCUCAAUGUAUAUUUCUUCAUAAGAGAAGCGUGGAAUGAUCAUUUCUUCACGUAGUAAAUCAUUACGAUUUUUUCCAAUGAUAAUGCAACGAGUUGAAGCUUCUCUUGUAUAAUCAGUAGUUAAUAUUGACUUAUAGUAUAGUAUAAUCCAUGCGUAGUAUAUUACGUAAGGAUUGAAAUAUUUAUUUUAUAUUUGUCAUGUAAUGAAAAAAUGAUUGUUCGUUUCACUUGUUAGAAUUUUUAAUACGAGUUACGACCGAUGCACUCAUAGAAAAGUGGUAGUAGCUGUAAAAAAUAUAAAUUUGCGCAAAGUUGCGCACUUCUUUCUAUUGAACAUGCGAACAUAACUAACAACAUAAAUAAUGCCAAAGUUCAAUCUCAGCAUUGUAUUAGUAUAUAAAUGUAUUAAGUUUAAUAUAUGUAUUACAGAAUGCGAUAUGUAAUUAAUUUUGUUUGAAAAAAUUAUGGACUGUUAAGUUAAUGUUAAAGCUGUUUAUGUUGCGACAGUAUAGUAUGAACUGUAUUUAAAGUUUUGGCCAUAUGUAAAGUAUUCUUUUUUUUUUUUUUUUU